AGCGGCGCAGGAUGGCGCUGCGGCGGGCGCUGCUGGCGCUGCUCGGGCACCCGCGCCUGGUGCAGCAGCUCUCGGAGUCGCGGCCCGUCCGCGCCGCCGCCCGCCUCACCGUCGCCGCCAUCACCCGCGGGCAGCUGGGCGCCCGCCGCGCCGCCCGGGACCUGGGCCCCCGCCUGAUCCGCCUGCGCGACGCCUUCCUCGGGGAGCUCAAGGACGGCGCCCGGGCGCGGGGCUGGCCGCGCUCCCGCGGGCCGGGCCGGGGAGGCCGCCCUGGAGCGCAGCCCUGAGCGGGAGGCAGCUGCGGAGCCGCAGCCGACGCAGGAUCCCGGCGAGGAGGAGAAGGAAACCCGGACCGCUUCCCUGCACCGAGCGCGGGAAGACCUGAGCGUUAGAGCCGGCGGGGGAGCGGGCCCCGGGGCCGGGCCGCGGGGCACAGCGGGGCCCGCCGGCUCCUCCCGCGCCGGGCACGGAGCGCGGCUGCUGCGCCAGCCAUGGGGGACCCCGGGUACCGGGCCUGCCUGAGGCGGAUCGUGAGCUGCGACCGACGCUGCUGCCCCAUCGCGAGUGCCAAGCAUGAGAACGUGACGCGUGCUGCUUGUUGGUAGGGUGGAUCUUCAUUUCAAACUCGGUUUACACUUUGCACAGAACUCGGUAACAGGCAGAAGGCAGACUCACAUCAUACAUCAUCCAGAAUACUGUCACAGUUGUCACAAUAAGUGCUUGAUAAGAAACUUGAAAUAAAAACAUAUUGCUCCAUUGA